GCAUGGAUCUUGCAAGGCCUGACUUACUCGUACAGGCCUUGAGAGUACCUCACAAAGAAAAAUGACGAACAAGAAGACGUAGAAAACCGAAUCGAUUGGGCAGUGCCCAAUAAUAACACAGAAUUGCUCCAAGGCGGUGACGGUGAUGGCUGGUGAUGGAAGGCCAUAAGGUGGAUCACUCGCAGCAAGCUGGAGGCAGUGAAUGGGCGGGUAUCACGUGCAGCUUAUCCACUCGAAGGUAGGUAGGGGCGACUGAAUUUUUCGCUUGAGGUCCUUCCCUGCCCAAAGUCCCCCGCCGCUCUCAAAACAUCAGGUCGACCUUGAAAGUUUGUCAAUCAAUCUUGGGUAUACCCACAUUGUCAACAACGGUUUUUUCAGGUAUUUAGGAUCCAUUCCCUCAGCAUCACUUCGCACCGACGUCCAUCUCAUUCUAUACCCAUUCGAUCGACCGUGUUGCGCUGUUGCCGACCGCUCAACAGAAGCUAACUCACGCCUCUCAGCACCCCGCUUGUUUACAUCCUCUGCAUCUGUCGCUACAACACCACAGACACAACCAUCAAGAUGGCUGAGCAGCAGACUCCUACCUUCAAGCUCGUGCUUGUCGGUGACGGUGGUACCGGAAAGACCACCUUCGUCAAGCGUCACUUGACUGGUGAAUUUGAGAAGAAGUACAUGGCCACUCUCGGUGUCGAGGUUCACCCACUUGGCUUCACCACCAACUUCGGUCAGAUUCAGUUCGAUGUCUGGGAUACCGCCGGUCAAGAGAAGUUUGGCGGUCUCCGUGAUGGUUAUUACAUCAACGGCCAGUGCGGUAUCAUCAUGUUCGAUGUUACCUCCCGCAUUACCUACAAGAACGUUCCCAACUGGCACCGUGAUCUCGUCCGAGUUUGCGAGAACAUUCCCAUCGUUCUUUGCGGUAACAAGGUCGAUGUGAAGGAGCGCAAGGUCAAGGCCAAGACCAUCACUUUCCAUCGCAAGAAGAACCUCCAGUACUACGACAUCUCUGCCAAGUCCAACUACAACUUCGAGAAGCCUUUCCUGUGGCUCGCCCGCAAGCUUGUUGGAAACCCUCAGCUUGAGUUCGUUGCUGCUCCGGCUCUGGCUCCACCCACUGCCCAGGUCGACGAGAAGCUCCUGGAGGAGUACCGCAAGGAGAUGGAUGAGGCCGCCGCCAUGCCUCUGCCUGGUGAGCUUUCCGACGACGAUCUGUAAAUGACUCGUGUGGUUACGGAAUACUUUUGUUGAGGAGGAUGCUGUCAAACAUCCAAGGAACGAUGCAUGGGCAGUAUUUGAGGAUGGCACAUAGGCAGCCGAAAUGACCAUUUAUGAGAUACAGGGCGAAAGUCCUGGAGUUUACAGUAGCGUGAUUAUGGGGCGGCACAAAAGACGGGCCGUCAUGCCUUUCUUUGGGGCUCAAGGGACGGUACCACUGCAAAGAGCAGUGUCUUAUUUAGUUUAGCUAGACUUCCUCCACCAAAAACAACAAAUAGGGCCAAGUUUGCGUGGCUUGGCUAGGACAAUGACCAAUGGCCCCUUGAUGGAGUUCACCGUGCAAAUGUGCCUAAAGUGAUCAUAUAGAUAUGUAAGACAUGUUCAAAGCGGAAGUUCAGUUCCGAGC